ACACACACACACACACACACACACACACACACACACACACAGCUGGCCUUCGAAUUCCUCAUUCUUUACUUUCAUCUCCCAAGUUCUUCUAGGAUUACAGGCAUGCUCCACCAUGCUCAGCUUUUACAUUGUAGUUUUCUGACUCUCCAUCAGUGCCAACCUAAUGCAAUAUAAGUAAUCCAGUGGCAUUCUUCAGGAAGCCAUGUAUCAUUUUCUCAUGCAGGAGGGUCUUCCCUUUCCUUUGACGGGAUUCUCCUGCUAGGGCAAGGUAGACUACACCCUGUACCUCUGAGGGACUUCUCUUUGUUAACCCUUUCACACAGAGUUGAAUGUCUUCCAUUUUUAAGCAGUAAGUGGUGACUCUCACACUGGUACGUCUAGUGUUUUAUGUGGAAAUUCACAUGUAUACACAUGUCUGUAAACGCACAGCCUCCAAACUCACAUGGCCCAACUGAGCUGACAACUAACUGUUGGUGUUUACAGAAUACCAGAGAAAUUAUGUGAAACUUUAAAUACUUAACAAAUUCUGAGCUGCCAAUAAACUUGUGUUCAUUGAGUCAACAACUAACCAGCUGACAAGAGACAUGGAUUCAUAGCCUGCCUUUCACUUUGGUGGUUGGUGAAAGUGCUGGCACUGAGUGACUCCCAGCACCUGGUCCCCCUCUCCUCUAGAGACACAGGUUGCAGGUGCCACUGCCAGUGAUGGGGACAGUGUCCUUGUUGGAGUAAGAAUAGACAAAGAGACAUUCAUUUCAUUUUCUUUGUAAUUGAUUUGAGAUGACUGAUGGUAUACAAACUUAGAAGUUAUUGAAUUAGCUACUAAUGUCAAGUUUUUAAAAAGAACAAAAUAUAUGAUUACUAAAUUUAUUAUUUUCUACAUGGCCACUUUUUCUUGUGGUGCUUUUUAUACACAGACUGGAUUUUUUUGUGGAACUAUAAUUUAUAUAUGAUAUUCACCAUUUUAAAGUGUCCAUUUAAUCAUUUUUAGUAUAGUCACAAAGUGAAUUGGAUUUUGAUAUUUCAAAAGUGAGUUAAAAAUUGUCAAAUUUAAUAGCCCUCUUUUCUUAUCUUGCUCCUGCUGUUAACACAUUGGAUUUUCUUCCAGUGUUCUUCAGCCCUCUUCUCUGUCCUUGUAGAUUACGUAACCAUUUGGCAUUGCAGCAGAAUUUAAUUUUACCUGUUGAUGCAACAGUGUAACUAUCCCCAUGUGGAAGACAGUCUGCCUUUCAAAAGGAUGGUUUAGAUAUUCUGAGUCACAUAGGCUCCACUCUGCGGCUCCUCUGUGGCUCUCCAGUGACUACCGAGUUGAUGUUAUGCGGGAUACAGGAGAGCUGUAUGUCUGGGGCCGGAACAAGCAUGGGCAACUGGCUUCCCUGGCUGCGUUCCUCCUUCUGCCCCAGAGAAUAGAUGCCAGUUGCUUUCAGGAUGAAAAGGUCAUUGCUGUGUGGAGUGGCUGGACACAUCUGGUUGCUCAGACAGUGGAUCUUCCGCUAAUUGACAGCCUAAUUCGGGUGUUACAAAAUAUGGAACAUUGUCAGAAAAAACUAGCAAACUCCACAGAAGCGCCUACAAACUGUGUUUCAACUCAAGAUGACUUCCAUAUGAAGAUCCUGAAGGAUAUUUCAUGUGAAUUCCUUUCUAAUAUUUUUCAGGCAUUAACAAAGUUUCAGAGGCUAGUCCAUUAUCAUGAAGGGGACAUGGCAGCAGGCAGACAUGGUGCUGGAGAAAUAGCUGAAAGCUACAUCCUGAGCUGCAGAAAGAGGGAGACACUGGGCCUGGAAACCAUGGCUAAGGGACUGAAGGAGGGCCAGUUAAGUAAAAAGAAAUAUUCCUGUGCAUUUCAGAGCCUCCUGCCUCUCUACAGCCCUGUGGUGGAAGACUUCAUUAAAGUCCUACAUGAGGUUGAUAAGGCUGUGGCUGAGGACCUGGAAGAAAGCUUCCCGAGUGUGAAGGCUCAGCUUAAAACCCAAGUUUGAGUUUCUGCUGUCCAGGGAAUAAACUCUGUUUUCUAUGUUUUGAA